AGUCAAAGGCAACGCUGCUGAAUUGUGCAAAACAAAAGAAAAACAAAGGUCCUACGCAAUGCAUAUGCAAUGUGCUUCUAACACAGCAUUCGAUACCAUCUCGUCGCAAAUUUCGUUUCCUAUUAGAAAACGUGGCCUCUUGGCCUAGAUUCAUUGUUUUUCUUUUUUAAUUUCUGACCAUUAAAAUAUUGAUGUAAAUUUUGUACCGUUUUUCAUCGUUUUAGUUCACUGACUUGAGACUUCCGUUUUAAUUUCGAGAACUUUUGGCAGAAAAUGAACUUAGGUUUAAAAGAAGAAGUGAAAGUAGUGGUGAAUUCCCUACUAGUUCCACAUUCACGAGGCUUGACUUUGGACAAGCUAUUGAAUGAGUAUGCCAAUGUUGAAAUGAAAGAUUUUCCAUACAAGCAACUUGGACACAAUAACCCAGCUGAUUUCUUAGCUUCUAUUCCUGAUGUAGUGAAAUUUACUAGAUUACCAAGUGGACAUGUUCUUCUCCAAGCUAUUUCUAAUUCAAAAACUGGUCACAUUCAAGAAUUAGUCAAAGGCCAGAAGAAUAGUCAAACUGCUAGUUUUAAAAACUAUAACAGAAUAACUCAAUACAACAAUCACUAUCAACCUCCUGCCAGGCGAUAUCCCAAUCCAACAAUGCAGGGCAAUAGGAAUCACUUCCAACCAACACAAUUUUCGGCACCUCCAGGAAGAAUGACUCAUUCCUAUUCUAACAUGGCAGGCAACACAAAUGGCAAACCAACAGCUUCUCAAGUUGUACAUAUCAAUGGAAAUUCAUUGAAGGCUGAAAUACCACCAUUGCGUACAUGUUCAAGUGUUGAAUAUGAGUCUCAACUGGUGUCUGAAUUUCAAAAUCUUUUUCAGUUUUAUCCUGAUGGAAUUGACAUUGCUCAUGUCUUUGCCCUCUAUUCGAAUAAGUUCAAGAAAGAAGUAUAUCUUCAAAACAUCGAGCCAAAUUUGACUUCUUUCGCUUUCUUCCAACGACAUGGUAACGUGUUUAGAUUGUGGAAGCGUUCAGACAACACGUUGGUGGGUCUUGCAGGACAUGAGACACUACGACCAAGUCAAUUAGAAACAGCGAUUCCGUCACCACAUGCAGAUCGAGGGAGUCUAACUGGAGCAGUGCCCAAGAUGCACACUCCAAAUAAUGCAGCUUAUUCAAACGGUCAAUCUCCUACGAAUAGAGCGACUCCAAAAUUUCAAUCACCGACUACUGCAGUCCCUGUUCAAUUCACAUCUCCGACUAACGUAGCUGCCACACCACAGUCGGAAGAUACAAUGUAUCGUACAACGAAUGGACAUAUUGUUCAAACUCAAUGGGCCGCGUUGGAUAUUCGCACGCGCAUUCCUGGGACUAAGCCUUUACAAUCAAUGAUAGUUGGUGGCAGAGAUUCUGACGAAACGCUUGCUCGCAUCGCUCUACAGAAAGUUGUACCCGUCCCUUGGCACGCCCCACCUCGCGCCGACGAAGUUUUGCCCGACACGUUUGGUGUACGUAAACCCAAGAUCAAAAACGUUUAUGAAGUUAACAUCCCAGUGGGACGUCAGGCAUUCCCUGGAAAUUUAGCCGAUUUCGACUAUUUCUUUCUGAUUGUUGCGGAGGUCUAUUCUCCAGGCGAAUUCUAUUGGUUCUUGAGCGAGAACAGAAAGCCCAUUGAAGAUCUUACAGAUGACAUGACGCUGUUUUACAGCAGUAACCCUGAGUAUGUCAUAUCCCGGACUGAGAUGUACAUUGGCCAGCUAGUUGCUGCCAUGUACACUGACAAUCUCUGGUACAGGGCUCGAAUCGUUGGAUGCCAUCAAGACCUUUUCCAGGUUUUUUAUGUUGACUAUGGUAGUAAAAACUUCGUGAAACUGGACAGGAUCCGUCAUCUACACCUCCAUUUUUUGAAAAUGCCUCUGCAGGCUUUCCGAGGUCGAAUCUUUGGCAUUCAGCCGUUACAACACGAGCCUAAAUGGUCAUUUGAAUCAGGGAAAUGUUUUUUGGAUCUCAUUAAAGGGUGUAAGAUUAUUGCUGCUGCAAAGAUGAUUGAAGAGACCUUAGAGAUACCAGAGUAUGAAAUCGACACAGUCUACUCUUUGACUUUGGUUGAUACAACAAAGGAGAACGACAUCCACGUCAGUGAUUAUUUGAUUGAAAAUGGAUUUGCUUUGCAUUGCGAAGAGGAACAAAUUGCUGUUGCCUCCGCAAAUUCUGUUUAUGAAUAUUCCACGCCGUCGCCUCCAGCUGAACACACCGGUAGAGCGCCAUCACCAAAUCCAAUUUGCGCGUUUCCCUCAUCGGCAGUGAAUUCAGUUACAAGCCAGUUGCAAACAACAAGCAUCUCGAUUACGACACCGACCCUGAUUUCAAAUAACGAACAUCUUGAUUUCGAGAAUCCAUCAAUAGACGAACUGUUAUUCAGUGAAAGAAUUUCUUCGAACAUCCAGCCUGAAGAAUACGUGAUUGCCUCGGUGAAAGAACCCCUUCCGGUCUUAGCAUCUGAAAGAAGUUUGGAGGCGAAUGACUCAAAAUGCGUCGAUGUACUAGUUUUGAAAGACGAACGAAGGCUUUAUACAGUUGAAGAUGGGGGUGAAUUGUAUCUUCCUAAGCCGGACAUCUUGAUGCUCAUCCCCAGUCUGGAUAGUCAAAUAGCCGCCUUUAAAGCAAAGAUCGACUGCAAAGUAGUCACUGCCCAGACGCAUCCAAAUAUCUUUGCCGAUUGCGCAAAGGCUGGUGCACCUUGGAUGAAAGAUGAUUCCUUGUCAGAACUCACUCUUUAUUCACUGCAGUAUGUUUCUCUACUGUUUUUCUUGUGUUCUGUGAAAGAUAAGGUUGCUUCUUCAGCUAUUGAGGCAAAGCGAAAAGAAUUCAACAAUAAGUAAAUAAGCACAUUUUUCUUUUUAUGAUUAGUGAUCAAGUUUGAGUCAUUAAUUACCUUCCAAUUCUUUAUUUUAUUUGAUAAACAAGUAUUUAAACCAGGAAAAAAUCAGUUUUUAUAAAAUUGAAUCAAAACUGUCAUUGAACAAAACAUACUGUCCUAAUUUUGUAAUUUACUUGUACUGUACUUUCCGUGCAACAAUAAUACAGAAUGUAAAAAAUUAAAAAAUU